AUGGCUCCCGACCUGAGCGCGGUUUCCAACUCUACUAUGGCACGACCUCGUGCAGCAACAACGGCACCCGCUAUGGCAUCGCAGUCUCCAACACCCAGACAACCAGUACAUGGCCCUCAUACGUCUGCAACACUUCCUCCAGGAAGUCCACCACUUGGAACGGGGGAUUAUGGCAUCACAAGUACUGCUCAGGAACAAGGGCCACUGCGUCAUCCUCAGCCGCUGACGCCUUCGGAUCUCCAUCUAGUGCUUGAGAAAGAGCAAGAAGCGAUGGUGAAUCGAUUGACCCGAGAGCUAUCUAUUCUCCGCCAGCAGACCGCAUCCGUGGCAUCGACAGGAUCCUCCACAUCAACAUUUAACGAGGCAGAUGGCACACGGGCAUCGCCCACCCUCAGUAGCUCGACCCCGUCUCACUCCGCGCGACGCAACCGGUCCAAUUCAAGUCUCAGUUCGCAUACUUCAGCAAACCAGGGCCAGCAGUCUGCAAGUGUUACUGGAAUUGCCCCAUCACGAGAAAUACCGUAUCGCCCGGCAGACCAUUCCCGAACAGUUCGCAGUCGCGAGCCAUCCCUCACAUCUCGCCGACCCUCCAUCGGCAUAUACCCACACCGGAACUCGGUAUCACAGUCGCAGCUAGGUCAUUCGCCCGGAGGGUCGCUGUCGCGGUUCGAGGAGGCCACACAUCACCGGUUGGAAGUGGAAUACAUGAAGCGGGAGAACGAACAGCUCAGGAGGCGGGUGCGCGAUCUGGAGCAGACUUUAAAGAGACAAAAGGAGGAUUCUGCAAGUGAGGCUUCUGCCAUACCGUUCUGA